UGAAAGCCAAGAUGAGCAACACUCCAGCUGAGAAGUCCUUGAUGGAAAUGAUCAACAUGUUCCACAAAUACACCAGACCUGAUGAUACCAUGGACAAGCAGGGCCUGUUGAAGAUGAUGAAGGAGAGUUUCCCCAACCUCCUCAGUGAUUGCGACAAAAAGGGUAAAGAUUACCUGGCCAAUCUUUUUGAGAAAAAGGACAAGAAUAAGGAUCAGAAGAUUGACUUUUCCGAGUAUCUCUCCCUGAUGGGGGACAUAGCCGUGGGCUACCACAACCAGAGCCAUGGAGCGCCACCCUGUUCCGGGGAAAACCAGUGA